AUGAGUGAGGAGCGGCUGGAUUCUCUGUUCGACACGGCGGUAGAGGCCGUUGCGGAGCUGGAACGACGUCGUUCGCUGCUCCACAGCUCGCUCCAGGCGGCGCACUUUCUGUACAGUAAUGUUCAGUGGGAGAUGGACCGUGCGGGACUUGUCCUCGGCUUGGCGGCCGUCCCGGCGCCUGAGGGGGCGGUGUGUCCACAGCUGGGCGUGGCGUGGCGUGCCACGUCGACGGAGGAGAUGGACAAGGAAGGGGGAGAAGGGAGCCACGACUGUUAUAAGUUGUCCGUGGUGAAAAUGGCAGCCGGUGAGGGAAAAGAUCCGGCGCGUUGGUUCGCGUCCGUGCCCUCGAAGCGGCUGCGUGCCUGUCAACAGCAAUUUCGUGAGGUGCUGAAUGCAUGCGUGCAGGUCGUGCAGGCGCAGGAGAGAGCACUGGCAGCGGCAGAAAACUAUCGCGUGGCGGCGCUCUAG